GCUGGUUGCCUUGGGUCUCAAAAGUUAUAUAAAUGUGCUCAUAUUAAUAGCUUUAAAUUAAAGCAAUAUACAAAAUUCAAGCCAUCUAUAACUCCGGGAUAUAAAACCAUUAUUUUUGUCAAACUUCUCGCUUCCUGCCAGUAACCACAGGACAGAGUACACCCCAAUUCCUCAUGCAACCCCUCAUAAUCGGUGUAUCUAAAACAUAGCAGCAGCGGCCACACUGCAGAAUAUCUGCCGGGCAUGAUGAAGUACAGACUGAUACCGCUAACUAUAGUAGGCUGUGUAGCCUGUCACUCAAAUGAAAGGGCGAGUACGUCGCACUCGGUGUACGUGGCUGGCAACAAUAGCGGUUUGCAAUGUAUUGUGGCUUUUCUUUUGGAGUGACUUUAUAUUAAACGCAGGUCCGCGGAGCUGUAUUUCCAGAGCUUGAGCUUGAAACCACUAAAGAAAACAAUGGAAAAAAAUGGAAAGAGAAAGCUUCGAGUCUGCGUUGCCACCUGCAAUCGUGCAGAUUACUCCAAACUUGCUCCGAUUAUGUUUGGAAUAAAAGCAGAACCAGACUUAUUUGAACUUGAAGUUGUUGUUCUAGGUUCUCAUUUAAUUGAUGAUUAUGGUAACACUUACCGUAUGAUUGAACAGGAUGACUUUGACAUUCCAACAAAGCUUCACACAAUUGUGAGGGGUGAAGACGAGGCAGCAAUGGUGGAGUCUGUAGGCCUGGCUUUAGUGAAGUUGCCAGAUGUUCUUAAUCGAAUAAAACCAGACAUCAUGAUUGUUCAUGGAGACCGGUUUGAUGCACUGGCACUAGCAACUGCUGCAGCUCUGAUGAACAUUCGGAUAAUUCAUAUUGAAGGUGGAGAAGUCAGUGGAACCAUUGAUGACAGUAUUAGACAUGCAAUAACCAAGUUGGCACAUUAUCAUGUUUGUUGCACACGGACUGCAGAACAGCAUUUGAUUGCAAUGUGUGAGGACCAUGAUCACAUCUUGUUAGCUGGCUGUCCAUCUUAUGACAAAAUGCUGUCUCUUAAAAAUAUGGAUUCUUUGAACGCCUUACGUUCAUGGCUAGGGGAAGAUGUCAAAGUCAAGGAUUAUAUCGUGGCACUACAACACCCUGUUACUACUGACAUCAAGCAUUCCAUAAAGAUGUUUGAACUAACACUGGAUGCUCUCAUCUCAUUUAACAAGAGAACAUUGAUUCUCUUUCCCAAUAUUGAUGCAGGUAGUAAAGAGAUGGUACGAGCAAUGCGGAAAAGGGGCAUAGAGCAUCAUCCCAAUUUUCAAGCUGUGAAGCAUAUCCCUUUUGAGCAGUUCAUACAACUUGUAGCUAAUGCUGGCUGUAUGAUUGGCAACAGCAGCUGUGGUGUUCGGGAAGCAGGUGCAUUUGGUACACCUGUCAUUAAUCUGGGGACUCGUCAAACUGGACGAGAAACAGGUGAGAAUGUGCUUCAUGUCCGGGAUGCUGAUAGCCAGAACAAGAUUAUCCAUGCAUUGCAGCUUCAGUUUGGAAAACAGUAUCCAUGUUCAAAGAUCUAUGGUGAUGGAAGUGCAGUCCCACGUAUUCUGAAAUUCCUCAGGACCAUUGACAUUUCAGAACCUAUGCAGAAGAAAUUUUGCUUCCCCCCUGUGAAGGAAAGUAUCUCCCAAGACAUUGAUCAUAUCCUUGAAGUACAGAGUGCUUUAGCUGUAGAUCUUGGUGGAACAAAUCUCCGCGUGGCUAUUGUGAGCAUGAAGGGUGACAUCAUUAAAAAGUUCACUCAUCCAAAUCCUAAAACUUAUGAGGAAAGAAUUAAAUCGAUCCUGAAAAUGUGUAUGGAUGCAACAAUCCAGGCCGUGCAGCUGAAUUGUAGAAUUCUUGGAGUUGGCAUUUCUACUGGUGGUCGUGUAAACCCCAAGGAAGGUUUAGUUCUUGAUUCCACUAAGCUUAUACAAGAAUGGAGCUCUGUUGAUCUGAGGACUCCAAUUUCAGAUUAUCUUCAUCUGCCUGUGUGGGUGGAUAAUGAUGGAAACUGCGCUGCACUUGCAGAAAGAAAGUUUGGACAAGGAAAAGGUGUGGAAAGCUGUGUGACAGUCAUCACAGGAACAGGCAUUGGUGGAGGAAUAAUUCAUCACAAUGAACUGAUUCAUGGUAGUUCAUUCUGUGCUGCUGAGCUUGGUCACCUCAUUGUUUCUCUUGAUGGACCAGAAUGUUCAUGUGGAGGUCGAGGAUGUAUUGAAGCAUAUGCUUCUGGAACUGCUUUGCAGAGAGAAGCAAAGAGGUUGCAUGAUGAAGACCAGCUGUUAGUUGAAGGCAUGGAACUCAAAAAUGACGAGACUGUCACUGCAAUUCAUUUGAUUCAGGCAUCUAAGCUUGGCAACAAGAAGGCAGAGAGCAUUCUGAGAACAGGGGGGCUUGCUCUAGGCUUGGGAGUUGUGAACAUCUUGCAUACGGUUAAUCCAUCACUUGUGAUUCUCUCUGGAGUGCUGGCUUCUCACUAUGUGAACAUCGUCCAGGAAGUCAUAAGCCAACGUGCUCUGAUCUCUGCCCAGUCAGUAGAUGUGGUUGUUUCUAAUCUUUCGGACCCUGCACUUCUUGGUGCUGCCAGUAUGGUACUAGAUUAUGCUACACGCAGAACAUAUUAGUUGCUUUGAGGACUUGACAGCCACAGAAGACUUUUUCCUACUGAAUUUUUCAUCCCUGUUCAUUCUGUGCACUUUUUUCUUAUCUUUGUUUCCCAAAAGGAUAGCUGUUUUUGCAAGAAAUACUUCCUGACAGACGGUUUAUAUUUUGCCAACAUUCAUUUUCAUUUAUUAGAAAAAGAAGGCAUUUCUUGGACUCUAAACUUCCAAGAAAAUAUGUUUCAGUACCAGAGAUAAAAAUAAUUUUAUGUUUUAAAUGUAUGUAUUUAUUAUUUUAUUUUACUGUAAAAAGAGCUACUUUCUGGUACAGUGUCUGUUUUUGUUCUGUGCUGUGUAAGGAUGCCAAAUGUAAAUUUUAGUAAACCAAAGUAUAUUUUAUAUACUGUCUGAACAGUGACCGAGUCUGUAUUCCAAGAGAUUCUGCAGUUGUCAAUAAACUUGACCAUGUAACACAGA